GUUGUUUUGUUACCCAAGAGAUUUUUUGCGGCCCAAGAUGCGUUCCAGCUUACUUCGUUUAUUGAAUCAUCAAAGGAUUCGCCAUCCUUUACUGGCACGUGGCAAGAGCACCAAGGUAACCACCCACUCCACUGCAUCAGCUGCGUCAUCGGCCAAUAGUCAGCGGGAGCAUGCGACACCAGCGGCAACCGGCGACAAGGGUAAUGGUGACGUCCAAGUGGAUGAGCAACAACAGCAUAAAUUGCCAACCCGUGAGCCACUUGUGAAGAACUUCUUCAUCGGAUCAGUGGACAAAGAGCUUUUGGCAUAUCCGGAGGUUAUAUUUCGCGAAGAGAUGACAAACUUGCAGAAUGCACUUUUACCACUGAAAAACUAUUUCGAGGAGUCCAAGGAUCACCAGCAGGGUCAGAACUUUAAGCAAUUGGGUCUCUAUGGUUUGAAUGUACCCACCGAAUACGAUGGAGGACGAGGUUACGGAUGGAGUGCCAGCUUAAUGGCCAGUGAACCGGACUCAGAGCAAACCAAUUUGGCUUUGGAAUUGCAAACGCAUCGCGUGGUUGUAGAUUUGCUAAGAGAUGUUGGUUCAACGCAACAGCAGGAACGUUAUUUGAGUGCUCUGGCCCAGGGUGAUUUGAUAGGCACCGAGGCCAUUUAUGAAUAUAAUCCGCCCGAGGAUGAUUAUUUCAAUACUCAGGCGAAAUUUGUAUCCGAAACGAAUCGUUGGACACUGCAGGGAGAGAAGGCAUUUGUGAUCUGUCCAGCUGGAGCCCCAGGACAACGACAACUUUUCGUGGUCUUGGCUCAGACCCAACAGCCGAAUGUUCCUGGUCUGAUGGGUCGCGGUUCUACCAUAUUUCUGGUAGAAUCUGAUCAUCCUGGUGUACGCCUGGGCAAGGCACAUGAAACCUUUGGCUAUCGUGAUGCUGAGAUGCGUUCGGUGCACUUUGACAAUGUCCAGUUGAGCGAUGACCAAAUCAUUGGCCUACCCAACGAGGGCAAUCGCUACUCCGAGCAUCUAGUUCGUGCCUCCCGUUUGCGCGGCAGUCAACUGGGCAUAUCUUUGGCAAAACGUCUUCUCCAACAGAUGACCCAAUACAGUUUGGAUACAACACAAUGCGGGACUAAAAUUAAGGAUUUGGAAUUAACACGAGCGCAUUUAUCACGAGCCAUGUGCUCAGUGUACGCCAUGGAUAGCAUGCUCUAUCUCACUGCUGGCCUCUUGGAUGAGUUUCAAGGUCAGGAUGUAACCUUGGAGAGUGCCAUAACAAAAUAUUACACCAUCAAGCAGCUUUAUACAAUUGCCACACAAAAUCUAAGCAUAAUUGGACCCAAAAGUCUGCAUAAAGAUCAAACGGCCGAGCUGGAAUUCCGUAAUGCAGCUCAAUUGUAUACUCUGGGCGAAUCCAUGGAUACAUUGGGCAUGUUUAUAGCCCUCUCAGGUUUACAGCACGCUGGACAAGCUCUGAACGCGGGCGUUAUAAAAUCCCGUAAUCCCCUCUUUCAUCCUGGUCACAUUUUUGGCAAAUUCUUUGAUUCAGCCAGUAUUGAGAAUCCAAAAACUAAAAUGCAAUUAUCCGAUCAUGUUCAUCCCACAUUGGAUCCGGCUGCCCAGUGCAUUGAGCAUUCCAUUGCCCGCCUCCAUAUGGCUGUGGAUCUGAUGCUAACCCGUCACGGCAACUCAGUGGUCGAACGUCAGAAUGAAAUGCAACGUCUGGCCGAAAUUGCCACCCUCAUCUAUGCCAUGUGGGCAUGUGUGGCACGCUCCUCUCGCUCCUAUUGCAUUGGCCUGCCGCUGGCGGAUCAUGAACUUCUCACCGCCUCCGCCAUAUGCACGGAGGGCAAGGAACGCGUCAAGACCCUGUGCACCGAGAUUUUCGAAGGAAAUUUCGUCAAUAAUGAUAACAAUCUUUUGCGCCUAUCCAAUCAGGUGGCCAAAAGCAAAGGAUACUUUGCAGUGCAUCCAUUAACAUUUAAUUUUUAAAUUAAUUUUAAUUGUUGUUGAAAUUGUAAUAGAAAAACAAAUAUAUAUUUAAAUAA